AUGAAGCUGAUACAAUUUGCAAAUUCCGUCGUGGAAACGCACAAGAUGGCCUUCCAGCAGGUUCGCGUAGAGGCUUUGGUGUCCUUUGCUCUGGGCAUAUCUUCCACUGGCGUCGCUUCACUCCUUGAAUCCCACCGAGACCUUGUGAGCACGGUAAAGAAGAACAGGGACAAUCCCUUAAGAGAUGCUUGGGAACGAGCUUGUCGGGUCGGAUCAGACUUUGAGCUCCUCAAGAAAGCUCUUGAGGUUGGACUAUGGGAUGAUCCGGAGCAAUCGGACAUCCUAAAGACGAUCGAGAGCUUUCUUCACACAAUGGUCUCACCUAUCGGCGAGGUGUUCGAAGCACACUCGCUUCCAGAGUUUUUAGAACGCAUCGCUCUGCUUUCGCGCAGGCUCGUUCGCACCGGUACCUUGACUACGGACUUCACGGUUUACAACGAGAUCAAAGAGGAUGAUAAAGAUUUGUUGGUCGAAAGCUGGCGACAGCGAUCUUACAAUAUCGAUCGGUGCUAUGGUGAAUUCUUAGUAUCUGGCAAAUGGGUACACGUGUCGCAAGUCAUACAAACAUGCAAGGCAAGGGGUAACGACGUUGCCGACAUCUGCUUUGUCUAUCCUCACCUUGGGAAGACUUUCUUAGAGCUCUUAGAGAAUCUCAAAUUGCACCGCGAGCCUCUCUCCUAUCGCAUAAUUCUUAUCGGCCUGCCAGACUGUCUCGACCAGGACGUAACAAGCUCAUACUGGGAGACUCUGAACAAGGAGGAAGAAGAGAAUGUGCCGGAGCUCCCUUUUGAGCUGUGA